GAAGCGGGGGGCGGAGGGACUGAUGGGUGGUCUCACGUGACUGGGUCGCCCUGAACGCUGCCAGUUCUCAGGACAGACGCAGUUUAAUCACACUGCGCGACUAAAAUAAGAUCAAUAUCUAGCCACGAUUUUUGAUGCUUUUCCGUCUGCAGGAGUUGAUUUACAGGUACUGGACAGCCCCGUGCUCUCCAUCUUCGGCCAGCAGAUAAACAGCCACCGGAGCAGCAGCAUCACCACUCGCCGUUGCUUCACUUUCAGCUAACGGUCCGCGAAGACAAGUGCACGAGCAGCAGCUGACCCACCUGCCCCUGCAGUGGAGAAACAACCCCCCCGGGAGGCAAUUUUCCAUCUUUUUGACGAAGGAGGAGACCUGUGCAUGGGCUCGACUUCUAAGAUGAAAGUCCUGGAGAGCUUAGCCCCGCUUUUCAUCGUCUGUCUGGGAAUUUUAGGUUGCACUCGGGCAGUCAGUCUUGAGGUGAAGGAAGGGAACUCUACCUGCAUCAAAGCCGAUCUGUCUGCAUUACUCUUCAUCACAUACACCACCUUCAACAGCACGAGUAAUGUUUCCACCUCGCUGCCUGACUCCACCUCAGUCGAUGCAGCAAGUAGCUCGUGUGGAGCAGCAGGCCGCCCGCCGUGGCUGGUGGCGGUGUUUAGAUCGGGUCACGCGCUCGGCCUCAGCUUCGCCACCAAUGGGAGUUUUUAUAGCGUCACUAACCUGACGCUCCAGUACAACCUGAGCGACACUUCGCUGUUCCCUCAGUCCAACGGCUCUGGCAUAGUGACUGUGGUGAGUUCCUCGGUUGGGAUCUGGGCUCCCCUCAACAUCACCUACCGCUGUGCGAGCCCCACCACCAUCAGAGCGGGAGGAGCUGCCGUCACCUUCUCUGCUAUGAGGCUGGAGGCAUACAUGCCAGGAAAUGACCUCAGCCCAGCAGAAAGUGUGUGUGCAGCAGAUCAAACAACCACCACCACAGCGCCCCCUACUCCAACUACAACAGCGGCUCCAGCACCAACUCCAGCACCAACUCCACCAGGAGCGCCCAAGACCGGAGUGUUCUCUGUGACGAACAGCAGCGGUACCGUUUGUCUCCUCGCCAAAAUGGGUCUGCAGCUCAACGUCUCCUACGUCUCUCAGUCUCAAAAUAAGACUGUUCAGGAAUUGGUCAACGUGAACCCCAAUCUGACGAUAACAUCAGGAUCAUGUGGAGGCACCACUGCCAGCUUAGUUUUGACACAACAGACCACCACACUUAAUUUUACCUUCUCCAUGAACUCAACAACUAGCAAGUACCAUCUGAGUGGAAUAAAUCUGUUGGCCAACUGGUCCGACAUGACUGCUCCUUUCUCAGCCAGUAACACCAGUUUGGACUACCUCCGGAGCACACUGGGACGCUCCUACAUGUGCAACACGGAGCAGACUCUGCUCGUGGCCCCAGCUUUCUCUCUCAACACAUUCAGACUGCAGGUGCAGCCGUUUGGAGUCAAAGCCAGCCAGUUUGCAGCAGCGGAGGAAUGCCAGUUGGACCAGGACCAGAUGUUGAUCCCCAUCAUCGUUGGAGCAGCACUGGCUGGUCUGGUGCUGAUCAUCCUCAUCGCGUAUCUAAUAGGCAGGAAGAGGAGCCAUGCUGGGUACCAGACCAUCUGAGCGGACGUGUGGUUUAACUUGAACCCUACAGACUGAGAGCUG